AUGGAGAAUGGGUUCUACGGACACCUCUGCCUUGCCGAGAAUCAGUCUUUGUUAAUCGAUUCAUCUGUGAGAUUUGGGGAUAUUUUUGGGUCACAGUGGAUGGGGGAGAUGGAAUUGAAGGGAGCUAUGGAUGGACCUCGAUAUGAAUCGAAGGGAGCUAUGCAGAGAUUUGGGUAUGGAUUUGGGUUAAAGAUUGUUGUCAGGAGGAGAUCAGUUUGGGAUGGUCAUGGAGCUUGGGGGCGUACCUCGAUUUGGGCCUGGGGACCUCGAUCUGCAGCCGGUCAGUGA